CUCAAUCGCUAAGGGUUUUUUUAUCACUGGGUUUCUUCGCCGUAGCAGAUUAUCGUGGAUUUGAAAAUGGUGAAGGGUCGCCAGGGAGAGAGAGUCAGAUUGUACGUAAGGGGAACAGUCCUCGGAUACAAGAGGUCGAAAUCGAACCAAUACCCAAACACAUCUCUAGUCCAGAUCGAGGGCGUGAACACACAAGAAGAAGUCUCAUGGUACUUGGGGAAGAGAAUGGCUUACAUCUACAAAGCAAAGACCAAGCAGAAUGGAUCGCACUAUCGUUGCAUAUGGGGGAAGGUCACUAGGCCUCAUGGUAACAGCGGUGUUGUCCGAGCCAAGUUCAAGUCGAACCUUCCUCCGAAAUCAAUGGGAGCUAGAGUCCGCGUCUUCAUGUACCCAAGCAACAUAUGAGGAGUCAGGAAUUCAACAUCUGCGACAAUUAGCAGGCUACAAGUUUAUCAUCUUACUUAUGUAGUUUGAUCUUUUCACUUGGGUCUGGAACUUUAUGUCAGUUGUUUUCGUUCUCUCUUCAGAAAUCAUUUGUCCCAUGGAACCCUGACUUGUUUUUCUCAGCAAGGAUUUUGUCUUCACUUCCCCCGUUUAUGUUUUGCAAAUUAUAUUUGACAGUCGAUUCAGAGAUUUUAAUCCGACUUUUUUUUUU